ACUUAUGCUCGCGACGAGAGGCUGAAGUCAAUGACGGAUCUCCUGUGCAACGUCCGGGUCGUGAAAAUGUAUGCCUGGGAAGAUGUCCUGCAAGAGAACGUGCUUCGAUCGAGGAAAGUGGAGCUUAGAAACCUGCUUGCAAUCAAUGUGCUCAACGCUGUCCUCGAUGCUCUGUGCAGCUCCUGCAGUACUGUGACAACAAUUAUCCUCUUCUCAACUAUGUCUCUGUUCGAGCCUGAACGUGCCCUCAGUCCUCAGCUGUCUUUCUCGUGCGUUUCUUUGUUGUACAUCACCGAUUUGACUGCCAACAGCCUUGCUCUUGUCUUUAGGAACAUCAGCAAGGGCGCAGUUGCACUGAAGCGCAUCGCUGAAUUUUCCACGGCCGAAGAAUAUGGCGAGGAAAAGCAGUCGCAAGUGAAGGAUUGCUUCAGUCAGAAGGGAGCCGUGAGCCUGAAAAACUGCACGCUGGCAUGGAGCCGCUCGCCGGCAAAAUCCGCUGAGCCACUGCUGAGAAACGUGACGCUCAACGUCGAACCCGGAUCACUUGUUGGAAUCGUUGGCUUCGUCGGCAGCGGCAAGUCAUCGCUGCUGUCGGCCAUCCUUGGAGAUAUGCAGUGCCUAGAAGGCAGUGUUACACACAGGGUGAGCAUGCAGCCUCGGUCGUUCACGACAGCAGUAAGCCCAGCCAUGCGCCACGACUCCAACCCCUCUUUCUUGUCCUCUCAGGGCCGUAUAGCGUACGUGCCUCAGUUGCCGAACGUGCACAACAUGACCAUACGGGACAACAUUCUCUACGGCCGGCCCAUGCAUCCGGGCAACUACGAACGCGUGCUUCGCCGCUGCCAGCUAAUGAACGACCUCAACAAGAUUCCAGCGGGGGACGUGGCAGAGGUGGGAGAGAAGGGAACGAACCUGAGCGGCGGCCAGAAACAGCGAAUAUCGUUGGCUCGCGCGGCGUACAGCAACAGUGACGUGUACCUCCUCGACGACCCGCUCAGCGCACUUGACCCCGCGGUGGCCAACAGCAUUUUCCGCGAUGUCCUGGGUCCGUCCUCCCUUCUCAGGAACAAGACUCGCAUUAUGGUUUGCAACCAAGGAACGUACUUGGGUCACAUGGAUAAAAUUGUAUUCGUCCAUGGCAAGAAGGCAACGGUGUACUCAUCUGUCGACGAUCUGCUGCAAGACCCAGCGUCGCCGCAGAAUUUCCACGCGGCUUUAAAGCAAAAUCUGCUGGCGUCCACUGCCGCCGACGGCACUGCGCUUGAACAGGAUGAAGAAAACGACGCUGCCGGACGAAUUACAGAAGAAGAAAUGGAUCAAUCAAACAAGCUCCCAACGGGCUAG